AUGGUAUGUGUCCCAUGUUUCAUUAUUCCAGUUUUAUUGUUUUUGUGGCACAAAUUUGUACAACCUUAUGUUCUACGUUUUUGGAAUCCUUGGGCUGUUAAAGAUGCAGAUGGUAAUGUGAAGACAGAAUUUCCAUUUACUUGUGAAGGCGGCGUUUGUUCCUAUCGACGAAAACAGAUUCAAGACAAAUCUGAAGACAAGCUCGCGGAUACUGAACAAAAAGAAAACAACAGUGAACAAUGCCAAAGUAUUAGACAAAAGAGUGAUUAA